AUGCGGUUCGACGGGGCGGCGAGGAUGGUGCGGCUGGCCGUGGGUGUGAGGGAGGGGAGAGAUGCGGGUGGGGGAGAGGGGAAGGGGGCGGAUGCGGGGCAGGACGCGCGCGGGUGGAUGAUUGACCCGCUUGCUGCAGCGGUGGCCGCUGGGCUGAAAGGGGGUGCCACGUCAUGCCUCAUGACGCAUGUGGGGGAGGUGCUACCUGAUAAGAUUCGUGGAAACCACCGGCACCACGACUACAACGAGACGUUGGUGCUGUGGGGGGCGAGAAUGAAAGUGCGGAAUGAGAACCGUGACGUGGCAAAGGGCUUCGCUGAGGUCAUUCUGACAGCGGAUGACGUGGCGGUGAUGGCAUGCCCCGCCAUGAGCGCCCAUGCAGUGAUCAACAUCGACACUUCUCGCUCCGCCUACCUCAUGGCGUGCCAGGACGGCCUGCAUGACCCCAAGGACCCUCGCUCUGACUAUGGCGUGUGGUCCGACCUCGUGUGA